ACUCUGAAUAUAGUAGAUCCAAACAGCUUCUUCUUCAUCUUGUUCCUGCAAUUCAAUUGAUACGCUGUAAAUUCAAUUCAAUUGAUACGCUAUAUAUUUGGUUGCGGAAUCAAAACCAGUCCAUGUGUUCAUAAUUAUACACCCGCGCGUCUCAAUUCGUGUAAUCUGAAGAUGUAUAUGACAUACGGAUGGCCACAAGUGAUCCCGCUAGAAUCAGGCAAUUGCCCUACAUCGGAGCGCAUCAUUUACCUCAAAGUGUUGAAUCGCUUGUUGCUCGUUGUGGCUCCUUCUCAUCUCGAGCUCUGGACCUCUUCUCAGCAUAGAGUGAGACUGGGGAAGUAUAAAAGAGAUUCCGAGUCGAUUCUCAAGGAAGGCGAGAAUUCGCAAGCUGUUUGGAGUCCUGAUGGCAAAUUCAUUGCCGUUCUUACGGCUUCUUUUUAUCUUCACAUAUUGAAGGUCCAGUUCACGGAUAAAAGAAUCCAUUUAGGUGGAAAGCAACCAUCAAGUCUGUAUCUUGCCUCCAUUUCUUUAUUGCUCAAUGAGCAGGUGCCUUCUCUCAAAACGGGAUUGAAUGUGAGCAAUCUAAUUUGCGACAAUAAAAACUUGCUCUUUGGACUCUCUGAUGGAUCAUUGUACAACAUAUCCUGGAAGGGUGAGUUUGCUGGACCCUUUGAACUUGAUUUUAACUUGGGGAACAGCAACGAAGCUUCUACAACGACACGAUCACUGGAGAAUGGUGUUUCUUUUGGACGGAUUCAAACUGUUCCUGUUUGCAGUCAAAAUUUAUCCAAAAAGUCUGCUGUUACAUGUCUGGAGUUCUCAAUGUCCUUAAGGCUGUUAUUUGUGUUGUUCUCUGAUGGACAAUUAGUUUUAUGUUCUGUAAGUAAGAAAGGUCUGAAGCAAGCUGAUUCUAUUAAAGCGGAGAAGCAAUUGGGUCCUGGUGAUGCAACAUGUACUUCAGUUGCUUCAGAGCAAAAAAUUCUUGCUGUUGGUACAAGACGAGGCAUAGUAGAAUUGUAUGACCUUGCAGAAUCUGUUUCAAUUAUCCGUUCGGUAUCAGUAUAUGAUUGGGGCUAUUCAAUGGAUUAUACUGGCGCAGUCAGUUGUAUUUCAUGGACUCCAGAUCAAUCUGCUUUUGCUGUUGGAUGGAAGUUCAGAGGACUUACAGUCUGGUCCGUCUCGGGAUGUCGCCUAAUGUCCACAAUACGUCAGACUGGUCUGAGUACUGUAUCCUCUCCUGUGAAUAAGUCAAAUCACGAUUUUAAGCAUGAACCCAUAUUAGGUGGCACCUCAUUGCUGCAGUGGGAUGAAUAUGGAUAUAAGCUGUAUGCUAUUGAAGAAGGAUCUUCUGAGAGAAUUAUUGCAUUCUCUUUUGGGAAAUGUUGUCUUAACAGAGGUGUUUCAGGCUCAACAUACGUCCGUCAAGUUGUAUAUGGUGAAGAUCGAUUGCUUGUUGUGCAGUCUGAAGUUACUGAAGAACUUAAACUUUUGCAUAUUAACCUUCCAGUUUCAUAUAUAUCCCAAAACUGGCCAAUUCUACAUGUGGCAGCUAGCAAAGAUGGUAUGUUCUUGGCUGUUGCUGGCCUUCACGGGUUAAUCAUUUAUGACGUAAGAUUAAAUAAGUGGCGAUUAUUCGGAGAUAUUACCCAAGAACAGAAGAUCCAGUGCAGAGGCUUGUUAUGGAUGGGAAAAAUUGUUGUUGUAUGCAAUUAUGACGACUCCUCUAACACGUAUGAACUACUAUUUUAUCCAAGAUAUCACCUGGAUCAGAGCUCCCUACUCUAUCAGAAACCACUGCUUGCACAACCAAUGGUUAUGGAUGUAUACCAAGACUAUUUACUUGUCACAUACAGACCAUUUGAUGUCCAUAUAUUCCAUGUGAAGAUAUCCGGUGAACUGACACCUUCUAGUACUGCUUACUUGCAGCUUUCUACAGUACGGGAGUUAUCAAUCAUGACUGCGAAAAACCAUCCUUCUGCAAUGCGCUUUAUUCCUGAUCAACAUAAAAGGGAUUAUAUACCAGGAAAGAGCAUGUCAUCUUCAUUAGAUUUAUCAGCAAAAGAACCUGUUAGAUGUUUGAUAUUGAGGACCAAUGGGGGACUUUCUGUACUUGAUCUGCAUGAUGGACGGGAAAAAGAUCUCACUGAUUCAAUUGAAUUGUUUUGGGUUACCUGUGGCCAGUCAGAUGAAAAAACAAAUUUAAUUGGAGAAGUGUCAUGGUUAGAUUAUGGCCAUCGAGGGAUGCAGGUGUGGUAUCCUUCUUCAGGUCUUGAGCCCUUUCAGCAGGAAGACUUCUUACAGUUGGAUCCUGAGCUGGAAUUUGAUCGUGAAGUGUAUCCACUUGGUCUACUUCCAAAUGCUGGUAUUGUAGUUGGUGUUUCACAGAGGAUGUCAUUUGCAGCAUGUACAGAGUUUCCAUGUUUUGAGCCAACUCCUCAAGCUCAAACGAUCUUGCACUGCUUACUUCGGCACCUUCUCCAGAGGAACAAAAAUGAAGAAGCCCUACAGUUAGCACUAUUAUCGGCUGAGAAGCCACAUUUUUGCCAUUGUUUGGAGUGGCUUCUUUUUACAGUUUUCGAGGCUGAUAUUUCGAGGCAAAGUCCAAGCAAAAAUCGGCGCUUAAACCCAGAUAAUUUUAGUAGUUGCUCUCUUUUGGAGAAGACCUGUGAUCUAAUAAAGAAAUUUCCCGAGUAUUUUGAUGUUGUUGUUAGCGUAGCAAGGAAAACUGAUGGUCGACACUGGGCUGAUCUUUUUUCUGCUGCUGGAAGGUCAACAGAGUUAUUUGAGGAAUGCUUUCAAAGAAGAUGGUACCGUACUGCAGCUGGCUACAUACUUGUUAUCGCCAAACUUGAAGGUCCUGCUGUAAGUCAAUACUGUGCUUUACGCCUAUUACAGGCAACUCUUGAUGAGUCUUUCUAUGAACUCGCGGGGGAGCUGGUGAGGUUUCUCCUGAGAUCUGGAAGAGAGUAUGAUCCUCCAGCAUCAGAUUCAGAAAAAUUGUCUCCGCGAUUCCUGGGCUACUUCAGUGUUCCUUCAAGUUUUCGUAGGCAGUCUGUUGAGCCUAAAAGCCCCCCUUUUAAAGAGCAGAAUGCACAUGUUGCUUCUGUUAAGAAUAUUCUUGAAAGUCAUGCUAGUUAUCUAAUGUCUGGGAAGGAACUUUCCAAGCUUGUUGCAUUUGUGAAAGGCACCCAGUUUGAUCUUGUGGAGUACCUUCAACGAGAAAGGUACGGGAGUGCUCGUUUGGAUGAUUUUGCUUCAGGCCUUGAAUUAAUUGGUCAGAAGCUUCAAAUGGGAAUUCUGCAAAGCCGCUUGGAUGCAGAAUUUCUUUUGGCUCAUAUGUGCUCAGUCAAGUUUAAGGAGUGGAUUGUGGUGUUGGCAACUCUAUUGAGAAGAUCUGAGAUUCUUUUUGAUUUAUUUCAGCAUGAUAUGCGUUUAUGGAAAGCAUACAGCACUACUAUCCAGUCUCAUUCAGCAUUCACCGAGUACCAUGAUUUGCUUGAAGCCCUAGAGGAGAAACUCUCGUCGACAAAGGAAUCAGAAGAGGAGUAGAUAAACCGACGAUAUUGCCUCCCUUGAAAAAGUUAUAUAAAAACAUUGAUGGAGAUUUCCUGUUUCAAGUCAAAAGGUUCUAUGCAAAUCACAUAACUAGGGGCGGGAGUGUCAUAAUCUCUGGUGUAGUCGGGUGCUAAGGAGACCUGGAUUAAGUGUUUGUCCCUUGUGGAAAUUUUGUGCUCCUGUAAAUCAUAAUGAGUUAGAUGGCUCAUGAGUUCGAUGGCUCCUUUACUCUUCGUGUUUUGGUCUUUAGGAAGGCACCCAAUAUUUUUUUGCGAGGCAUAUAUAGUAGUAUUUCCUUUCCUACUCCCCUCACCCUCACGUGCUUUGCCUUAGUAGUAUAAACUGCUUUAGCGUUCCACCAUGUUCGUGGUAAAACAAGAGGAAAACUUAUGACUGCACAGAAUACCCAAAGGCGGUUUUGGUAGGUUGAAACUGUUUCUUCAUAGUUAUUGUUGUGCAGUGUGAGUAUAGUUUCUGCAAGUCAAUCAGCCGAUGUAAUUAUAAAGGUAAGCCGGUAAGGUGUAGUCCUACAAAUGUACCGUUAAAGACUGUCACAUGUAUCAAACAUUUGUUCUUAAUGAUUUAGGACUCGUGUUGACCCUUCAAAA